UUAAAUAUUAAAUUAUUUGUUAUAUAUAUAUUUUUUCUCUCUUCUGAGUUUGUCUUCGAGUUUGGCCGAAAACAGAUCCCUCUUUUUUCAUUGUCAGAGUUGCUGGUUCGUUCGAUCUCGUGGAUCAAAAUCCCGCGACAUUCUCGUAACUCAGUUUCUCUUUCUCCGCGAAACCAGUUCUUUCUUCUCUGUAACUCUUUCUCAAUCAACAUUUCAACACAUCCUUCGUUUUCCGAUUUUCCUUUAUUGCUCUGUUUUAUCGGAAUUCACAAAUUCCAGAUUAGGGUUUAUAGAGAAACUGUAAAAUUCUCUCGAAUCGGAGCUUCGGGGUUUAAUUUACUCAAUGCAGCUGCGGUGAUUGUUCGUUAAAUAAUUUCCUUAAACAAUGAUAAUCAAGCGGAACCUGAAAUUCCAAAUGCCGAGUCUGAAACGGAAGAGACUCGGUGACUCGGCGGGUGAAGGGGACGAGUCAGCCGCGUCCACUCGUAAGAAGAAGAAGAAAACUACCAACGGGUAUUAUCCAAUUAACAUCCUCUGUGGCUUCGCUGCCGGCGUAAUUCCCGCGAGUUUUCGCGGGUUACUCGGCGCUGCAGCUGCUGUGUUACCACCGGAGAAGACGUUUUCUAAUGUGUGCACCACGGAGAUAUCUUAUUCUCGGGGCAAAGUGGAGGUAAAUUCGAAUUCGAAUUCGAAUGAUUUGAAUGAAAUUGAAGAAGAGGAAGUUGCAGUGGCGGUUAGAGGGAAGAAGGAUAGUAAUGUGUCUCGGCCGCCGCUUGUGCGGACUUCGCGGGGGCGAGUUCAGGUGCUGCCUUCGCGCUUCAACGAUUCGGUUAUGGAUGAUUGGAGGAAGGAUGGUACGAGUGAAUUUGAGAGUGUGGAAGAGGCACCAAAGGCUUCUUGCAAGAGAAGAAAUGGGGAAAGGAAUGGGCAGAAGAGUAAGAGCUAUGCCACAUUGUGUUUGAACUCGAAUUCGCGCGGCUCGAUGGCAUUGAGGAAGCGUGAGGUGUAUCUUGAGGAUGUUGGAUUUGUGGAGGUGGAGGAAGUUGACAUAACAAGGAAUGAGGGAGUUCUGAAGGUGGAAGAGGAAGAAGAAGAAGAGGAAGAAGAAGACAAGAAGAAGAGGAAGAAUAAGGAAGAAGGGUUGUAUGGACCAGAAGAUUUUUAUGCAGGUGAUAUCGUGUGGGCAAAAGCGAGAAAGAAGGAACCGUUUUGGCCUGCCAUUGUCAUUGAUCCUACCACUCAGGCACCUGAACUUGUCUUGAGGACAUGCAUAGCUGAUACGGCUUGUGUCAUGUUUCUUGGAUACUCAGGGAAAGAAAAUGAAAGGGAUUAUGCAUGGGUGAAGUAUGGGAUGAUAUUUCCAUUUAUGGAUUAUGUAGACAGGUUUCAGGGGCAGUCUGAGUUGAGUUACUGUAAUCCAUCUGAAUUUCAAACUGCAAUAGAGGAGGCGUUUUUGGCGGAUCAGGGAUUUUCAGAGAAGUUGAUAGCAGAUAUUAAUUCAUCAGCUAUCAACACUACCUACAGUGAUUCGGGUGUAAAGAGAUUGAAGGAGGUUACUCAUGCAAACCAGCAUGCUGAGCAACGCUUUCUAAAUCUGGAUUUAAUCAAUAAGAAAAUAGACACACGGCCUUGUGAAGCAUGUGGAGUGAACCUUCCUUUCAAAACGUCGAAAAAAACAAAGAACUCAACUCCUAUUCGCCAACUCCUAUGCAAAACAUGCGUUGGGUUAACAAAAUCUAAGCAUUAUUGUGGCAUAUGCAAGAAAAUUUGGAAUCAUUCAGACAGUGGAAGCUGGGUACGUUGUGAUGGAUGUAAAGUGUGGGUGCAUGCAGAAUGUGACAAAAUUUCCGGCAACCUUUUCAAGAAUCUUGGAGGCACUGAUUAUUUCUGCCCUAGUUGCAAAGUGAAGUUUAAUUUUGAGUUAUCUGAUUCCGAAAAAUCACAGCCAAAAGUCAAAUGGAGCAAAAACAAUGGGCAGCUAGUGCUUCCAAAAAGGGUCAAUGUUCUAUGCAAUGGUGUGGAAGGAAUCUAUCAUCCAAGCCUUCACUUAGUUGUUUGCAAGUGUGGUUUUUGUGAGACAGAAAAGCAAUCGCUUAGCGAAUGGGAACGCCACACAGGUUCCAAAUUGAGAAAUUGGAGAACAAGUGUUCGGGUGAAAGGCUCCAUGCUAUCACUGGAACAAUGGAUGCUGCAAUUGGCCGAGUUUCAUUCUAAUGCCGUAGUUCCUAUCAAACCCAAAAAACCUUCCUUAAAAGAAAGGAAGCAGAAGUUGCUUACGUUUUUGCAAGAGAAGUAUGAACCGGUUUGUGCUAAGUGGACUACAGAACGAUGUGCUGUUUGCAGAUGGGUUGAAGAUUGGGACUACAACAAAAUUAUCAUUUGCAAUAGAUGUCAAAUAGCUGUUCAUCAAGAAUGCUACGGUGCAAGGAAUGUUAGAGACUUCACAUCAUGGGUUUGUAAAGCUUGUGAAACACCUGAAAUUAAACGGGAGUGUUGUCUUUGUCCCGUAAAAGGUGGUGCUCUAAAGCCAACAGAUAUUGACACAUUAUGGGUUCAUGUCACUUGUGCUUGGUUUCGGCCUGAAGUGGCUUUUGCUAGUGAUGAGAAGAUGGAGCCUGCUUUGGGUAUUCUUAGUAUUCCGUCAAGUUCUUUUGUUAAGAUUUGUGUUAUUUGUAAGCAAAUUCAUGGUUCAUGCACACAAUGUUGCAAGUGUUCUACUUAUUUCCAUGCCAUGUGUGCAUCAAGGGCUGGCUACCGAAUGGAGUUGCACAUUUCGGAGAAAAAUGGUAAACAGACAACAAAAAUGGUUUCCUAUUGUGCUUAUCACAGGGCUCCCAAUCCAGACACUGUUUUGAUUAUGCAAACCCCCCUUGGGGUCAUUUCAACUAAAAGUCUUCUACAAACUAAGAAAAAAACGGGUUCCAGGCUAAUUUCCUCUAGAAGAACAAAGGUAGAAGAAACCCCUCAAGCAGAUGAUACUGAACAUGAGCCAUUCUCUGCCGCUAGAUGUCGAAUCUUUCAAAGAACAAACUACACUAAAAAGAAAUCAGCAGCUGAUGCCGUUCCUCAUCGUGUGAGGGGUCCCUAUCAUCAUCCUUUAGAUGCAAUACAGAGUUUGAAUGCUCCCAAAGUGGUACAGGAGCCUCAGGCAUUUUCUUCUUUUAGAGAGCGCCUUUACCACUUACAGAGAACCGAAAAUGAAAGGGUUUGCUUUGGUAGAUCAGGCAUUCAUGGAUGGGGACUUUUUGCACGUAGAAAUAUUCAAGAAGGAGAAAUGGUUCUUGAAUAUCGUGGUGAACAAGUGAGACGUAGCAUUGCGGAUCUCAGGGAGGCACGCUAUAGAUUAGAAGGGAAAGACUGCUAUCUAUUUAAGAUAAGUGAAGAAGUGGUAGUAGAUGCCACUGAUAAAGGAAAUAUAGCAAGGCUAAUUAACCAUUCUUGUAUGCCAAAUUGCUAUGCAAGGAUCAUGAGUGUAGGUGAUGAUGAGAGCCGGAUCGCACUCAUUGCCAAGACUGAUGUAACGGCUGGCGAUGAGCUAACGUAUGACUACUUGUUUGAUCCUGAUGAGCCAGAUGAAUUUAAAGUCCCUUGUUUAUGCAAAGCUCCGAACUGCCGCAAGUUCAUGAAUUAGGACUAUAAUAUACACAGAUCAGGAUGACAUUAUUGUUUCUCCACAAGGAGCCUAACCCAUCCCCUUCAUUAGUGGGAACCUCAUAGUUAACCUAAGCUGUAAUUUUAAACAAACCAUAGGUACAGGAAAGAAAACAGAAAAGUGGAAAAAAAAUUUUUCUUUUAAUUUUUCCCAAUUUCUUAGUGUUUGAUUUUCUUGGAAUUAUGGCGCUGAAUAAAAGCCGUAGUGGCUUUAGGCUCUUGGCGUUUUGUAAAUGGGACUCAUAAUAUUGCUUCGUUCUAUAAAAGCUAGUGCAAGCCUCAGUAUAUUUCUUCUCUUA